GACUUUAUGGUGAGGCUUUCCGAGAUUUUUUAGUUAAAAACGCAGCAGGGCGCAUGGCGUCUGCAGGCGAUGAGUUGUGGUGAUGAUGCUGAAGCUUUGACCUCUACUGUUACUGCAGCCUGGAUGCGAUCGACAGGAUGCGAUGGGUAACAAAUGGAGACUUUCAAUUAUAAGCUAAACACUUACCUAGAAUCAUGGAUGGGUCCCAGAGAUCAGCGGGUGCGGGGAUGGCUGCUGCUGGACAACUACCCACCAACAUUUGCACUCACAGUCAUGUACCUUCUGAUUGUGUGGAUGGGGCCCAAGUACAUGAAACACAGGCAGCCGUACUCCUGCAGAGGCCUCCUGGUGGUCUACAAUCUGGGCCUCACGCUCUUGUCCUUCUACAUGUUCUAUGAGCUUGUUACAGCUGUGUUGCAUGGUGGUUACAACUUCUACUGCCAGGACACUCACAGUGCACAAGAAGUGGAUAAUAGGAUCAUAAAUGUCCUGUGGUGGUACUAUUUCUCCAAGCUCAUCGAGUUCAUGGACACCUUUUUCUUCAUUCUCCGAAAAAACAACCACCAGAUCACCUUUCUUCACAUCUACCACCACGCUACCAUGCUGAAUAUCUGGUGGUUCGUUAUGAACUGGGUACCCUGCGGCCAUUCGUACUUCGGUGCCUCCCUUAACAGCUUCGUCCACGUCGUGAUGUAUUCUUACUACGGCCUCUCAGCCGUCCCAGCCAUGCGGCCGUAUCUUUGGUGGAAGAAGUACAUCACACAGUUACAGCUGAUCCAAUUCUUUUUAACUAUGUGGCAGACACUGUGUGCAGUCAAAUGGCCAUGUAGCUUCCCCACGGGUUGGCUGUACUUCCAAAUAGGUUACAUGGUCACACUCAUUAUCCUUUUCUCAAACUUCUACUUUCAGACUUACAACAAGCACAGUGUUUCUCUAAAGAAGGACCACCAGAAUGGCUCUCCUGUAUCAACAAAUGGACAUGCAAAUGGUACACCAUCUCUGGAACGCACCGCACAUAAGAAACUGCGGGUGGAUUGACAUUUGAGAAACCGGUGUCACCCAAUUCUCACUGUAGCGUGUUAGCUAAUGCUGCUAGGAGGUAUAUCUUCUUAUCUAGAAUAGUCUAGCGUUCACUUGAGAUGAAAUAAGCCAUAGCCACAUAUAUCCAGGCUUUCCAGUGUUUUUUGCACACAAUGCUACACAAUGCAUUGAAUUAAAUUAAAAUAGUUAAAUUGAGAAGAAUAUUGUAGUAUGGUUAAUAUUGCACAAUAUUGCAUCUCCAAACCCAGACAGGAAAUUUACUCCAAAGCAAAAAUCUCUUUCUGAGUUCAAUCAGCUGCUGAAUUUUGCUACCAGCAAACAAACAUUUUGACUCUUACAAAGAUGCUUUACACACAGAAGGUCCAAAGAUGAAAGCUCCAUUGAGUGUGUUGGCAGCCGAAAGUUUUAUUACACUCGAUGACGUCUCGGUGUAAACAACCAAGGGGACAAUUCAAAUAAAACAGUGCUUACUACUUUCCUUAAUGUGUAACUAGAGCAUGCAUCUUGUGUCUGGCUUUAUUCUACUCCUGCCUGUGCUGUUGCAUAAUCCUUAAAGGGCAUGGCUGGCGAUUUUCUUUAAUUUACUUACUGUCAACUAAUCUCAUGUGCAGAGCAAAAGCAACAAACCAAAUAAUUAACUACAUGUAUUGUGUGUGCAUGCAAAGCCUGAUAUAUCGUUGGCCUCAGUGCUGUAAACCUCUGCUGUCCAUAAACUAAAAAUGUUCUUUGACCUUGAAGAGUAUGUGCUUGAUUAUUUGUUUAAAAAUGUCUCCAAAGAAUAAUAACAACGAUCAUGUUUUUGGUUCCUUACCAACUUGUUGUGGAACAUCUUGACUUUGUGCUCCAUGGUGAAUUUAUUGAAGAACUUCAGUACAAAGUCAAGAAGUUGUGAUUUGUAGCACAAGGAGCUAGUGAAGGUUUGUAAACAGAACCUUGCACAUGAUGUCUGCCAUACAAGGAACUACUCUCCAGAGACUAUAAAUGUGAUUGCUGUUAUUAGUCUUGGAAGCCAUUUCUACACAAAUUAAGGUGACUGUAAUCUUCCUGGCAAAGGAACAUGUCAGCUAGUACAACAGUGUGGCUCACUGACAGGUUUUCAAUAGUUUUGGACAACGGAGGUCUACGGCACAGAAGAAUAAAGCACGUCAGACUUUGGAUACACAAAAAUACUUAUAAGUAGGAUGAGUUCAUUGCUGGUUUGACUCUAGAUAUUAGAUUUGUUGGUAAUAAGAAAAAUAUAGAAAAACCCACCAGCUUUAUCCUUUAUAUUUGCGCUGUAAAAUCCUGUACUGCAUUUCAUAGACAGACUGCAAUGGCAGAAGAUGCAUUUUGCUGUAUAUUUGUGGAGCAGGAUCCCCAAAUUGGAAUAUUUAGCCAUCUAGCAAAAGCAUAACCAAAGCUUAGUGUACCCCAUAUGCUCGGAUUCAUAUACAAAGCAGUUUAAAAUAAACUUUCUUGAGCGCAGUAUAAACUCAGCUUUCCUAAACAUCUCCCAUGUUAGAAGAUCAGGUUUUGUCCUUUGAUACUGCAUUACAGCUACUGUGGCUUUAUCCAGUAGCUGCAAUUAGAACUUGAAUUCACUGAGAUUAAUUAAGACGAUGCACAUUACAUUAGGUCGCAGUGCAACUGCGACUCAUUGAUAAUUCUCUAGCUGUCAAAUUCAUUUAGUGAAUUUAAUCAUACUCUCUAAUUCAGUGCUAAAUAUGUUAAAUUCAGAUAAACCAUACUAUAUAUUUAUGAAUGAAAGCCCAUUAGAGACCCUGCAAGCAGCAGUCGACAAUACAUUCUCACCAUAAUGUCCAUUUAGUAGAUGCUCUGGAGCUAUCGAUUGUAUCACAUGAUCUUCUGCAUAACAUAUGAAGAUCAUGGUGUCAAUAAAAAGCCCUUAAAAUGCUCAGAAAAUGAAAUAUCUAAAAUUCUGUGACUCAACCCCACCUGCUGAAGAUGAUUAUGUGACAUGAUUCACAGACAGAACGACUGCAAAUAAAUGAACCUUGUGGUGAGGUUGUUAUUUAUAUUUUUGAGUCUUUACUUAAAUAUGGUGCCUUCUGGACCAGUUGAUUUGGUUUCUAAUGUAGCAUUUUCAUCUUUUCAACAUGCUAUCACCAGAUUCAUGUUGGUCCAAUUCAGACUAAUAUGUGUUCAAAUCCUGUGCCUGAAUCUUCAUUUUUCUUCUGUUUUUCUUUCUUUUUUUGAAAUGAUCAGUAUCCUGAGUUAUCAUUCCUAACAUAUGUGAACCUUGCUACUGACACACACUGAACACAACAGUGAUGUUGAUCUUAGAUUAAAGGAACAGUUUGACAUUUUGAGAAAUGUGCUUGUUCAGUUCCUUGGCUGCUUUUUACAGUAAAAGCAUCAAAGUCAUCACAUUUCUUUAACGUUUUAUGAGAGGAAGGUUGUAGAGAUAUAGCUAUUCAUUCCCUUUACAGUACUGAUUUCCUCUUUGUUCCUCCGCUUCUAUGUUAUUUUAUUAUUAUUUUCUUUUCACCUAAAUCUAUUGCAAGGGGCCUACACCAUAAAUGCUGGUAUAGAAAGCAAAGCUCUUUGAAUAAUGAAGGUUGUGAAUACAACGCCCUCGCUGUGUAGCCCUGCUGCACUGAUUCAAUUUAAUGAGCUACUGUACGGCCUUAACCACUGAAUGAACAUGACACAUUGCUCAAAUGUAUAGGUGACCUACUUAUUUACAUUCAAGUUCACUGCAUCAGGAAUUACUGUUAAAAUCUGAAUAAUAUAUACAAAGGCCACAUUUUUUCUGCAUGAUGAAUCUGGUUCACAAGACCUGUUUAACAUGCAUGAACCACAUCGACUAGAAAUUGAAUUAUAGUUAAAUUUGGUAAAUUUUUCAGCCACAUGUCAUCCUUGUUACAAGAUUGACGAUAAGGCCAGCAUUAGCAUUACAUUACAUUAUUCCUGUUGGAUAAAGGCCAAGGACACAUACAGGUAUGUAAUGAGAUAUUACAUGCAUUUUAUAAAGUGUUGAAAUUAAAGAAUAUAUAUAUAUGUAUGUAUAUAUAUUUUCUGAAAUCUGGGGUAAGUUGGGGUUAACAUGUUGUGACUCACGCUUUACUCGCUGUAACACAUUAAAAACAAACUGGGAUUGUAAACUUACUUGUCUUCAGACUGUUGUUUUCCUUUCUUGGAAAUUACGUAAAUGUUUCAAAUAAUGUUGCUUUAAGAAAAAAUGAAUAUUUAUAAUGUAAUAUUUAGAGCAACAACAGAGUAGAACGUUUAUUGAGCCACGUAUUUGGAAUAGUUUUGCUAUAAAUAAGUGACAGAAUACAACUAAAGCCUACAGUUAUUUUGUUAAAUAUUUAAUGAUUUGUAAAAAGUUUAUUUUUACAUUUCAGUUGUGCUUUAUAAAUGUAAUAUCCAGUAAUUUUGAGCAGCCUUUUGUAUGAAUAUUUUGUUACAAAAGAUGCAAAAAUGUUACUCAUAUAAACAUAAUGUCAAUUUAUUGUAAGUUGAAUAAUGUAAAUGUAAACUUAAUUCAUUAAACAAGAGAAAGAUUUACUAAAAUGGUCAAAUGUCUCAUUAGCAAGUCUGACUUUUUAUGGAUAUUAACUUAUUUAACACAAAGUAAAAUCAGUGUCUGUGAAUGAUAAAAUAGAUUGGCUGUCAAAUAGUGAACCCUCUCAACUUUUCAUCCAGCAGGAUUUAUGCAAGACUACAUUUCUACAUUUCCUAUUGCAGCAAUAUUUUCUCAUGUGCAAUAUCUCAAAUAAAUUAUGUAAGUGUGUGUACAGAGAGUAAAGUUUGUUUGAUAGUCAGCUGUUUUGGAGUUCAAAUGAAUGGUAUGGCCUUCUUGUUGUGAGAAGAAAAAAAAAAAAAAUAUUGAAGGAUACAAGACUUUGAAUUCAUUUAUAUUCUGGUAAUUUAUGAUGAAUGUCCCAAAAUGCUUUUAAUGCAGUGUGUUGCUACCAGUCUUUGUAAAACACAUCUUUUUCUGCACUGCUGUUGCAAAUAAAAAUACAUGUUCAAUCCUGUGGUUAAUACUGGUCCAGUCAGUGUCAUUUUCCACUGGUGGUGGAAACACUUUUCCUGCCAAAUAAAAUUAA